AUGUUCCCCUCCGCAAUCCUGGUCCUUCUACUCGCAUUCGACAUUCAGGCAUACCGGAUUCCCGAAAAUCUCAUCCAAAUCUACCACGACCACAGGGCAGGAUGUAAAAGCGUCGUUGCCUCCGGCUUCAACGACGGCACCAGUGCCUCGAAACCCACCCAGUACUGCGGCGACAUCGCCGGGGCGUUGUUCAUCAGCUCCGCCGGCGGAUAUGGAGACAUGGACGUCGACUGCGACGGAGUCUCUUCGACCUCGGGAGGCUGUCGCAACGACCCUUCCAAGCAGGGCCAGACCACCUUCCGCGAUCAGCUCCGACAGUACGGGAUCGGCGAUCUAAACGCAUUUGCCCACCCCUACGUUGUCUUCGGAAACACGAACUUCGAUCCGCAGCAGUAUGGUGUGCAACCGCUGAGCGUAAUGGCUGUUGUUUGUGGUGGACAAUUGCACUACGGUAUCUGGGGCGAUAGAAACGGAGGCAGCAAGACUGGGGAAGCAUCGCUCUCGAUGGCGAGGUUGUGCUUCGGGUCAUCGAUGGACGCAAAUAGUGGACAUAAUGAGGCAAAUGUUCUGUAUAUUGGCUUCACAGGGGGCAACGCGGUACCGGGGAGCAGUGCGGCGUGGACGACCACGACCCCGGAGGACUUUGAGCAGAGUACCAUGCCUCUUGGAGACUGGCUGGUCGCUGGUCUGAAAUCCUGA